UGUUAAAAUAUUUUCCUUCUUUGUGUACCUUUCUCAUAAAAGACUUUGAUGUAAACAAAUCUCCCCUGACAGAGGAUCCUUUACAUCUUCUUGUUUGCCUGUUUUCUUCGUGAAUUUAUAUUGUGAGACUUAUAUUUUACUUAAAAUGUACAUUUGCUGUGUAUUAACAAACUAAAUAUAAAAAAUAAGGUUUUUUAUCACCUUAUUUAAAAAGAUAACGAAGAAAUAUUUGGAAAUUGUUUGACAAUCAUGUUUACUCCUUGUCCUAUGCACAUAUUCCUAAUUAUAAUUUUCUUAUAGUCGCCCAGUUUUAUGAAUCCUGAUAUUUUCGAAAUUAGUUGCCAACUUUAAUUAUAAUAAAAAAUUAAUUAACAGAAGGAAACUAGUUUAAUGAUAUUUGCGUGUGCAGUAUCCGAAGGAUAAUUCUCUCAAUUAAGAAGCUUAAAAGAAGCUGAAUGCGAUUCAAUUGUGAGCCAGCAUUCUCGCCAAGCAAAUUACAUGCAAAUGUCAGUCCAAACACAUCGAAUAACGACAACUGAUUGCUUUUAAAAUGAAAUCGCUCGACGCACAUAAAAUGUUGGCACUCCACUGCACUAAAUGACAAUUAACUGAAAAACUGUAUCAGAAUUGUGUACAAAGUAUUAAAAUGUCAUUCCAGUGGGAGAAGCUUUCACCAGCAGAGUUCCAGCAGUUGCAAGAUUUUGCAUCGUAUUCUACCAAGAAACUUGAAGAUGUCCUAGAAGAAUUUUGUGGAAAAGGUCCUCCGUACAAACACAAUCCCGAUGGUGAAAUUGACUAUGAGAAUUUUCGCAAGUUUCUCGACACAUUCCUGGAACUAAGGACCCCGGAGGAGCUUUGCAGACAUUUAUUCUUAUCGUUCGUACGUCACAAUGUUCGAAUUGAUGGCAAAGCAUUUAAGGAAAUGGCUGCUUUGAGUUCAACAACAGCUUGCGCUCCCAUUACAAGUCACAAUAGAGAUGGCGGUUCAGCAAUUAACGAUAACAUGGAAAAAAGUGGAAUAACGUCGGAAAAAGGUAGUAACUACGGUGAAAUACUCGUGGAAAAAAUUCAAGGAAUUGGUGAGAAAUUGCUUGGUCAUCAUAGAUCCGAUAGUGACACUUCCACAACAAGAGUAAAAUCAGGUUCCGUCCAUCCUAUGCUGACCGUGACCCAUACCUCAUUUUCAUGCACUGAAGUCCUGAGUAAAAAAAGCGUCGAAUCAUCCCCAUCACACAGCCAAAUAUCUAGAAAUUCUUCAAAAAAAUCAAAUAACUCUUUACUCAUCAAUAAUGGAAAAUUAGAAGAACUACGACAUAUCGUUAGAAAGCCAAGUUCUAUUGAUGUUUAUUCAGUUAAAGUGUCGUUAAAGGACAUUGUAUGUUACUUGUCGUUACUCGAAGCUGGAAGGCCAGAAGACAAACUCGAAUUUAUGUUUCGUCUAUAUGAUACUGAUGGAAAUGGUGUUUUAGAUACCAAUGAAAUGGAUUGCAUAAUAAAUCAAAUGAUGACAGUUGCAGAAUAUUUGGGAUGGGAUGUAUCCGAACUUAAGCCGAUUUUACAAGAUAUGAUGGUAGAAAUCGAUUAUGAUGCGGACGGUACUGUUUCUUUGGACGAAUGGAAAAGAGGUGGACUUACAACAAUUCCACUUCUUGUUCUACUGGGUCUGGAUACAAAUGUUAAAGAGGAUGGAAAUCACCUUUGGAGGCUCAAACACUUCAGUAGACCGGCUUACUGCAACCUAUGUUUAAAUAUGCUUGUAGGGCUUGGAAAAAAGGGCCUUUGUUGUACAUUUUGCAAAUACACCGUCCAUGAAAGAUGUGUUCAAAGAGCACCCGCAAGUUGCAUAGCGACGUACGUUAAAAGCAAAAAGUCUUCCCAAACCAUGCAACACCACUGGGUGGAGGGAAAUUGCCACGGGAAAUGUGCUCGCUGUCGGAAAACGGUUAAAGCCGGUGUAACUGGAUUGCACUGCCGAUGGUGUCAAAUAACACUGCAUAACAAGUGUGUUUCACAUGUAAAGUCGGAAUGCAAUUUAGGAGAACAUGCUAUGCAUAUCCUGCCACCCACUGCUAUUUGUCCAAUAGUUUUAGAUAGGCAAAAAUCAAUUCAAAAACGAGGAUCUCGAUAUGGAUCAGAAAGCUAUGUUUCGAAAAAUGAUACGAAACAGCCACCCAUGUCGUUUCAAAUAACCCCACCCCCAAACACAAUACCUGUCUUAGUUUUUAUUAAUCCUAAAUCUGGAGGACGGCAAGGAAUACGGAUUCUAAGAAAAUUUCAGUACAUCUUGAAUCCCAGACAAGUUCACAACUUGGCAACUGGGGGUCCCAUGCAAGGUUUAACUAUGUUCAAAGACGUUCCAAACUUUAACGUAAUUUGCUGCGGCGGUGACGGAACAGUGGGGUGGAUUUUAGAAAGUAUGGAUAAAGUUGAACUGGAAUGUCAACCAGGAGUAGCUGUGAUUCCUUUAGGUACAGGAAACGAUUUGGCUCGUUGCCUUCGGUGGGGCGGUGGAUAUGAGGGUGAAUCGGCUCAGAAAAUUUUACACAAAGUGAAGAAUGCGACCACGGUAAUGAUGGACCGCUGGAAUAUUGAUGUGAAGGAAACGAAUCCACCUGAGCAAAAUCGCAACCCUCUCAAUUAUAAAAUUCCGUACAAUAUUAUCAACAACUACUUCUCAGUUGGAGUGGACGCUGCUAUUUGUGUUAAGUUUCACCUGGAGAGAGAAAAAAAUCCAGAGAAGUUCAACAGCAGAAUGAAAAACAAAUUGUGGUAUUUUGAAUACGCAACAUCGGAACAAUUCGCGGCUUCCUGUAAGAAUUUACACGAGCACGUAGAAAUUAUUUGCGAUGGUGUAUCGCUGGAUUUGGCAAACGGCCCCGCACUUCAGGGAAUUGCUCUACUCAAUAUACCCUACACUCACGGAGGGUCGAAUUUAUGGGGAGAACACAUAGCAAAUCUCAAAAAGAAAAAGAAGAAAAAACGGAUUAGCACACAAAAAGAGUUGAGCACAAGCAGUUUCAAUUCCAUCGAUCUCAAAUUAGCAGUGCAGGAUAUAGGAGAUAGUUUAAUCGAAGUUAUUGGAUUAGAGAAUUGUCUGCAUAUGGGCCAAGUACGAACAGGUUUAAGAGCAAGUGGAAGAAGAUUAGCGCAAUGCUCAUCUGUUACGAUUACUACAAAAAAAACUUUUCCAAUGCAAAUCGAUGGAGAACCAUGGAUGCAACCAGCUGCAGAGAUUCAUAUUAGCCACAAAAACCAAGUCCCUAUGUUAAUGGCUCCGCCACCAGAAAAAGGGAAAGGUAUUUUUAGUUUUUUCAAAAAAUAGGUAGGCUAUUUGCCUAUUAAUUCCAGUUCUACCAAAGUUUUAAAGACUACCGUUACUCUAGUCAUUUAUUAUUAUUAAAGACAAUAAUUAUUUUUUUUAAAGCACUUAUUUUUUGUUUACAAUGAAUAUGUGCAAUUUUAAACAGUAUUAUUUAGAAGUAAGUCAACUAAAGAUUAAGAACAGUCCUAAUUACACAUAAUUUACAAAAAAAACAGAUGCAUGUGCACUUUAGUAACAGCACCUUAUUAAACUCUAUAAUUUACAUAGUUUCAAUACUAGGGACCAUAAAAUCUAAUGCAGUUGUACAUUUGCUGGUUUUAGAUGAAAUGUGCUAAAAUUAUUAAAAAACUGGUAUUGUAAGAAAAUAUUCUACUUUUUGUCUUUUUCUGUUUUUGCCAAAUGUAAAAAUAACGUGGGCCUACAAGAAUAUCUUUUUUGAGAACAGUAUUCGUUCGCCAACCUGCAACGGUUUAUAAUUUUAUGAUUUUUUAUGUUAAAUAUAUUUUAAUUCAUGAAUUCAAUAAAUAAUUGUGAACAUUUAAUAA